AUGCAAGCCAAAGAAUUACCUCUGGAUGGAAAUCCAUCUCCUUACUUUAAAGCGGGUUUUUAUUUGUUACCGAGUAAGAUUCUCAGCCAGACAGCGCAAAAGUACAGUAAAGAAAACUCAAAACGCGCGAGUGCCAGCAGAGCACCGAACGCUCUGAAAACACGGCGGCGAGGCGCAGCCACCCGCACAGGGUCCCGCAGCGCGCUGCUUCACGCCGCUCAGCGCCGGGUGCCGAGGGCGGCAGAGCCCCGCCGCACGCCACGGCGCCCCGUGCGGGCUGCCUCCCUCUGUCCGCCGCCCGUCAGGCGCGGGAGCAGCCCCUGAGGGGCCGCGGCGGCCGGGCUGCCGGCGAGCGGGGAAGCAAGCGAGCGAGCAAGAAAGCAGACAGCAGUCUGGCUACCACCACUUAGCUCGGCGGAGGAAUCGCCCGCCGGUGCUGCGGCCGUGCGUGUGCCGCGGAGGGAUCCGCGCGGGCCGCCGUGUGCCCGCCUCCUGCGCGGAGCCGCUGCCUCCCGAUAUAGUGCGGCGCGGCGCGGUGCGGGCAGCAGUUGGCGGGCGGCGCUGUGCGGUGUCGGCUGCGAGCGCAUCGAACUUGGGACUGUCCGCCGGCGCCAGCUGCUGAACAUGAGCCUCCUGCCUCUGUACCUGCUCGGAUUGCUCCUCGGUAGCGGGCAAGCUCUACUUCAGGUUUCCAUUUCUCUUAGCAAAGUUGAACUCAGUGUCGGUGAAUCCAAAUUCUUCACAUGUACAGCCAUUGGUGAGCCUGACAACAUAGAUUGGUAUAAUCCACAAGGAGAGAAAAUUGUUUCUAGUCAAAGAGUGGUUGUUCAGAAAGAAGGUGUUCGAUCACGUCUCAUCAUUUAUAAUGCAGAUAUAGAAGAUGCUGGUAUAUAUCGAUGUCAAGCAACAGAUGCUAAAGGACAAACUCAAGAAGCUACCGUUGUUUUGGAAAUUUAUCAAAAGCUCACUUUUCGGGAUAUAGUAUCACCACAAGAGUUCAGGCAGGGAGAAGUUGCAGAAGUUGUUUGCCGUGUUACUAGUUCACCUGCUCCCAUUGUCAGCUGGCUGUAUCGGAAUGAAGAAAUAUCAACUCUUGCUGACAAUCGAUUUGCAAUAUUAGCAAACAAUAAUCUUCAAAUUCUUAACAUCAAUAAAAGUGAUGAAGGAGUAUACCGUUGUGAAGGAAGAGUGGAAGCCAGAGGAGAGAUUGACUUCCGGGAUAUAAUUGUUAUUGUGAAUGUUCCCCCUGCAAUUACCGUGCUACAGAAAUCUUUUAAUGCCACUGCAGAUCGAGGAGAAGCUGUAACUUUGUUUUGCAGAGCCACUGGAUCGCCUCCACCAGAAAUAAGUUGGUUCAGGAAUGGAAAAAUUAUUGAAGAAAAUGAAAAAUACGUAUUGAGAGGGAACAAUGCAGAGUUAACAAUAAGAGACAUAAAAAAUAUUGAUGCAGGUCCUUAUAUCUGCAGUGCUAAAAAUAAAGCAGGAAAUGAUAAAAGACAGACAUUCCUUCAAGUUUUUGUACAGCCUCAAAUAAUACAACUUAAAAAUGAAACCACAUUUGAGAAUGGGAAAGCCACCCUCAUCUGUGAAGCAGAAGGAGAACCCAUUCCAGAGAUUACUUGGAAAAGGGCCAUUGAUGGAAUAACUUUCUCUGAAGGUGACAAGAGCCCAGAUGGCCGUAUAGAAGUCAAAGGGCAGCAUGGAAAAUCGUCACUGCAUAUUAAAGAUGUGAAGUUGUCAGAUUCAGGGAGAUAUGACUGUGAAGCUGCAAGUAGAAUUGGUGGGCACCAAAAGAGCAUGUACCUUGAUAUUGAAUAUGCUCCAACGUUUCUGUCAAAUCAAACUAUGUAUUUCUCUUGGGAAGGCAAUCCCAUCAAUAUAACAUGUGAAGUGCUAGCAAAUCCAUCUGCCUCAGUUCAGUGGAGAAGAGGAAAAUUAGUUCUACCAGUAAAAAAUACAACACAUCUGAAGACCUACAGCGCAGGAAGAAAGCUGAUUCUGGAGAUUGCUCCUACAUCUGACAGUGAUUUUGGACAGUAUAAUUGUACAGCUACAAACAGAAUAGGAACAAGAUAUCAGGAGUACACACUCGGUCAAGCUGAUGUGCCAUCAAAUCCUUAUGGAGUACGAGUUUUAGAGUUGUCACAAACCACUGCCAAGGUUUCAUUCACUAAGCCAGAUUCACAUGGAGGUGUGCCCAUUCAUCACUACCAAGUGGAUGUAAAAGAGGUAGCCUCAGAAACCUGGAAGAUUGUUCGCUCCCAUGGAGUUCAAACAAUGGUUGUUCUCAGCAAUUUGGAACCAAAUACGACAUACGAAAUCAAAGUAGCUGCUGUAAAUGGAAAAGGGCAAGGAGAAUAUAGCAAAAUCGAAAUAUUUCAGACUUUACCUGUCCGCGAGCCAAGCCCACCGUCAAUUCAUGGACAACCAGGAAGUGGAAAGAGUUUCAAACUUAGUAUAACUAAACAAGAUGAUGGAGGUGCCCCCAUUUUGGAAUACAUUGUCAAAUACAGAAGUAAAGAUAAGGAAGACCAGUGGCUAGAGAAAAAAGUGCAGGGUAGUAGAGACCACAUCAUCUUAGAGCAUCUUCAGUGGACCAUGGGUUAUGAAGUACAAAUUACAGCUGCAAACAGACUGGGUUUUUCUGAACCAACAUUGUACGAAUUUAGCAUGCCACCGAAGCCCAACAUUAUUACAGACACUCUCUUUAAUGGUCUUGGACUUCGUGCUGUUAUUGGCCUGGGAGUGGCGGCCCUUUUGUUAAUCCUUGUUGUGACUGAUGUCAGCUGCUUCUUUGUACGACAAUGUGGAUUGCUAAUGUGCAUCACCAGGAGGAUUUGUGGGAAAAAGAGUGGUUCAAGUGGAAAAAGUAAAGAACUGGAAGAAGGAAAGGCUGCUUACUUGAAAGAUGGAUCAAAAGAGCCAAUAGUGGAAAUGAGAACAGAGGAUGAAAGAAUUACCAGCCAUGAAGAUGGGAGCCCAGUAAAUGAGCCGAACGAGACUACUCCUCUCACAGAACCGGAGAAGCUGCCACUGAAGGAGGAAAAUGGGAAAGAAGCUUUAAAUGCAGAAACCAUAGAAAUCAAAGUUGCUAAUGACAUCAUCCAGUCAAAAGAAGAUGAUAGCAAAGCAUAAGAUAAACUACAGCUUUCUGGAUAAUACAUUUGGAUAAAAGCAACCCCGUGACCAAAACUUUACAGCUGACCUUA